UUUUUCGCUCAUCAAAAGCUUAAUUCAUGUUUUUGUUCUUCGACCUCGGCAAGUCAACACGCGAAUUGCAAGGCGUUUGUGUUUUAAUAAACUGAAUGAUUUUUAAAUUAACAACAAACUAAUAAAUAACACAAAAUAGUUAACAACAACUAUUGGUGUAAUAAAGAACAUGAACGUUCUAUGGAUUUAAUACACAGCAGUAAGAGCGCGCGGGAAAUACAACCUCAAGCACAAUCUUAUAUCGCUCUCUUAAUAAUAACUUAAGAGUUUCAAUGGAGAAUAAAAAGAUCUCUUGUCGUUUUCAGUUCAAGUAAAAACUAAGCCAUUAAAGAGACAAAAACUAUUUUGCGGCAAAAUGUUAAAGCGUAAAGACGUGUAGAAAAUAAGCGGAUUACAAAUAAUUUAGAACAAAUUUAGAUAAGGAAAACCAGUACUACUACAAUGGGAACCUUGUCACUGAGCGAUUUCCAAGCUGUAAAGAUUCCCGUGCCUUGGGGUCACAUUUCUGGACGUUGGUACGGAAAUCGGAAGGAGCGACCCAUCCUGGCGAUUCAUGGAUGGCUGGACAACCUGGGAACCUUCGAUCGGCUGAUUCCCCUGCUCCCUGACUACUUAGGAGUGCUCUGCAUCGAUCUUCCUGGGCAUGGAAGAUCCUCACACUUGCCACCGGGAGUGUACUACAGUGUUUACGAGUUCGUGUUCACAAUUCCAAUGGUGAUGAAGGAGUACGGAUGGUCUAAGGUCUCCCUAAUUGGACACUCACUGGGCGGAGUCCUGGCCUUCAUUUACGCCUCCCUAGCUCCUCAUACCGUCGAUAUGAUCGUCUCCCUGGAUAUACUGCUCCCCUUGAGAAACGAUAUAGACUACAUGGGCCAGAGUAUAGAGAAACAACUAGUGAAUGUUGAGCGACAGAAGCUGGGAAACUAUAGUGAGCCACCCUCCUACACCCACACCCAGUUGGGAAAGGUGCUGGCCAAGGGAAGCUUCAAUUCCGUAUCCCCCGACCUGGCCAAGCACCUGCUCCAUCGCCAGUUGACCAAGUCGAAACUGUACCCCGAACGGUUCUACUUCUCGAGGGAUAUUCGAGUGAAGUACUAUCACUACAUGGACAUUGACGAUGGUCUUGCAGCAGAAAUGGCGGGACGAAUAAUCAAGAAGCCAUAUCUAAUCAUCAAAGGCUCCUUGUCACCAUUUCUCUCUACCCGCUGCAACGAGGCUAUAUCGAUUUUGGCGAAGGAUAACCCUUAUUUUGAGUUCUACGAGGUGGAAAACGGCACCCAUCACAUCCAUCUCCAUGCCGCCGAGGAAUGCGCCGGUUACAUUGUGCCCUUCAUCCAACACCACAGACCUCCUGCCCUGACCUCCUGGGCUGUAACCGGAAGGGACGAUAGAUUGAGGAAACCAAAGAGAUUUUUCACAUGGACCAACAAAAAACGCAGCAAGUUGUGAUAUUAAUAGGAGUUCUAUUGCUGGGGUUCUAUUAGGUCUAUCAGAGGGUAAACUUUUUUUACAUUUUUACUGUAACUUUACAUGUAUAAGAUAAGUUGUAAAAUUUAAGAACUUGUGCUUUUACCGAUCUUCGAGUAUUGCUAUCAAACUAGCAUAUUUCAAAAAAUUAUUUUUUGGAUAAUUAAAUGUACUUAAUACAUAGAUACAAACAA